AUGAAGACAGUGCAAAGUCAGUUCUCAAGUGCAGCGGUUUUCACUUGUUUGUAAAGCCUGUGGAGCAAAAAAGGUCGCAAUAACUGCGUCGAAUUGUUCGCGGACCGCUGCGCUCAUUCGAAUCUCCUCUACUCUGUUUUUAUCGCUUCAACCGUCGCGUCACACGCCAGCAACUUGAAUUGUUGUGGUUCCAACCUUAUAAAUAGCGCGAAUCAUGGCUGUUUCAAACAAUAACGAGAAAUCCAGGGAAUCUCGGAGGACAACAACCCAACAACCCAUUGGAUUUGCCAAUUCCGGAUUUAUCUCAGACAAUGGAAUUAAUGUCAGCACUUCAUCACUCCACCAAACGGCCGCGUCGACCACCGUUCAGGUGUCGCCGAUGGCGAUGGAAGACGCACAAGGGACAGAUAGGCAAACCUGGGGCAAUCCCGUUGAAUUUCUCAUGUCCUGUAUUGCCAUGUCUGUCGGCUUAGGUAAUAUUUGGCGAUUUCCGUACAUUGCGUAUAAAAACGGAGGUGGUGCGUUCCUCAUUCCUUACCUUGUUGUCCUGCUGGUAAUCGGCAAGCCGCUCUAUUUUCUGGAAAUGGCCCUGGGACAGUUUUCCAGUUAUGGCUCUGUCAAGGUCUGGGAAAUGGUGCCCAUCCUAAAAGGUGUGGGCUAUGGUCAAGCGCUAGCGACGUGGUUUGUCGUCACCUUCUAUUGCGUCUUGAUUGCCAUUUCGCUGUUCUACUUCUUCUCGUCGUUCCAGACCAUUUUACCUUGGACUGUCUGUGACGUGAGCUGGACUUCGUUCUCCACUUGCUACAACAGCAGCGCAGACUCCAAUCUGACGGAUUUCAACGUCACCGGAUUGAAAUCCUCGUCCGCUAUUUAUUUCAAAGAUGAAGUGAUGAAGACCAUUGACUCGAUUGACGACGGUCUCGGAUCUCCCGAUUGGAAGUUAUCUCUAUGUCUACUACUAGCCUGGAUUAUUAUCUGCGCAAUUCUCAUGAAAGGGGUCGAAUCGUCUGGAAAGGUGGCCUAUUUUACAGCUCUCUUUCCGUACGUUGUUCUACUCACGUUGCUCAUACGUGGAGUCACCUUGGAAGGUGCCUCUGAAGGCAUUCUAUAUUUCGUCAAACCCGAUUGGCCCAAACUGCUCGACGUCAAUACGUGGUACGCCGCCGUGGGACAAUGUUUCUUUUCCCUUUCAGUCGGUUUCGGCCCCAUCGUCAUGUUCUCCAGCUACAACUCUUUCCGGCAGAAUAUUUACAGGGAUGCGAUGAUUAUUAGCUUCAUGGACACUGCCACUAGCUUUUUUGGCGGCAUCACUAUUUUCGCCAUAUUGGGCAAUUUGGCCCACGAGUCGGGCAAAAAUGUGUCCGAAGUGGUUUCGGUUAGCACUGGUUUGGCAUUUGUCAGUUAUCCCGAUGCCAUUGCGAAAUUCCAAUACGUCCCGCAGCUAUUUUCGGUCCUUUUCUUCGUCAUGCUGUUGACUCUGGGCAUUGGUAGCGCAGUGUCGUUGACUGGUUGCGUCAUCACCAUCAUUUGCGACGACUUUCCCCACUGGAAGCGCUGGAUUGUCGUCACUGUUGUCGGUGUCAUCGGCUUCUUCUCCGGUUUAGUUUACGUCACCCCGGGUGGACUGAUUAUCAUGGACAUUGUCGGCACACUGGGAGGCGAUUUUAUUAUUUAUUUGAUGGUUGUCGUCCAGACGGUCGGCAUCUGCUGGAUAUACGGCCUUGACCGAUUCAUUCACGACAUUGAAUUCAUGUUGAAAAUCAAGCUGGGAGCGUACUGGAAACUGACCUGGGCUUACAUCAUUCCGGCUGUCUUGAUUUUCAUCUUCUGUUACUCCAUGGCCACCUACACGCCAUUGAGAGAUGGCGACUACGUCUAUCCCGCGGCAGCUACCGGUUUUGGCUGGUGCUUGGCAGCGUUGGCAUUAUUACAGUUGCCUUUGUGGGCUGCCUACGUCGUUUACAAGCAGGAAGAAGGCUUCACUAUAUUAGAGCGGAUCACCAACAGUAUGAAACCAACGAAACAUUGGGGACCCAGAAAUCCUGCCCAUCGUUUGGAGUGGACGAAAGAACUGAAUCCUAAAUACGAAAAGUCUUACACUUCCAGAAUCUGGGUGCCCAUCCUUCCGCGGUUCUUCCCGCACCUGUUCAACAAGGACUGAUCUUCUUGCCAUUGGAAUCUCGUUUCAUAAUCGAAUUUUACCCAUUUAUCCCUAUAGCCGUUCGUUAUGUAUUAUUGUCACACUGCGUAAUAACCGUUCUGUUAAAUACCUUAUACUCAUAAUUUCCAGUUAGCUGGUGCUAAUUUGUUUUAUACUGAUAUUGUGAUUUGAUUACGGUACUAUUUUAAAUUAUCACCACCUAUGUACUACAAAAGUAGGUUUAAUUACCGCAUAAUCCGCUUAAUCUUGAUGUUACGUUCUUCCGUGUGUGCCGUUCAUAUUUUUACAAGGCGCCCGAACACUCGGACGGACAAAUGAACACAAAUUUCGUUUUCUCGGCAUCUCACUUUUUGAAUCUCAAACGUUCAUUUUUUAUUUCAAUUCAUUUUCUGACUAUUUUAUUUCUUACAAUACAUUCGCUUACAUUAAUAACUAUUAACCAAAGGC